CCUCCUCUCACCGCCAACUCCACAAGUCCCAUUCUCACAAAGCCUUCCGUGAUUCCUGUCACUCCUUGUUGCAUGGUACUGUACACGCGUACACUGCCGUGCAAACACCCUAAUCCUCUGAUGAUAUUGUCCAAAACUCAGCGAACCAUCUUCAGGGAUGUUACCGGUAUUGGAACCUCCUAUUGUGCUAGCAUUCCUCUCGGCCUUUCGUCCUCAGUGGGUCGGAAGUCCGCAUCUACCGGUACCCUAUACUCUCGCCUAACUUGCCUUAUAAUAUAGGUAUCAUACAUGAUACAGAUGAAGCAGUACGGAACUCCACAACCUCUACCCCUACGGUAUGAUACUCAAAUCCCCAAGCCCUCAGCAAACCCCACUUCCAUUGGCCAGAAUGCAGCACGGGAGAUGGCAGAAUUCACGACGGUGCUCUUGACAUCCGGGAAAUCCCGCCCGAUCGAUCAUGGGUAGCAACAGUUGCUCUUCCCCCGGAACAAAGAAUUUUACACUGAGUGGUUCCACUUGGUGUGUGUACCCUACGGUACAAGAAUGAGCCGCUUGCUUUUAUGCAGGGUUCGAUGGGUUCGCAUAAACGCAACCUUACAGCAUACAAGUACUGUACAGUACUACCGGUAACUCCGCUACCGACUGCUACCCUACGAUACUCGAGAAGGACGGCACGUGGUGAAGGUUUUAUUCAAGACCCUAAGAGCCUCACCCUGGCCCCGGAGUCGGCACCCCGGUUUGGCUCGCUGCCGAUCAACAGUCUUUUGGGCUUGGUCUUGCGGUUCAUCUCUUUUUUUUCUUCUUUCCCCUUUGACAGGGAAUACGACGCGCUCUAAUGAUUCAGUCGUCAUCAGUCACCCUAGUACCGGUAACUUGACUUCAUAUUCAAGUGCUCGUACGGCAGAAUUCUGACAGCCUCUCGUCCCUCAGCUGCACUGCCCCCGGAUUCCCGGGUUAGGAACCAUUAGUUAGGUUCGUGUCUAUAUCACUCGAGUAUGCCAUCUCACCACUUGAUACUCCCGAUUUUUCAUCCCAGGCGAUAGGUUUGUGUUGUGCUGUAGGAAAUACCACGCAGCCUAGGCAUCCAAGCUCGCAAAACAGGAGAGCUAUGCAACUUUCAGCCCCCGGCCGUCCCCCCUCUCCCUCGGGCGCAAUUCUAAAUGGCCAUUGA